UACACCCACUCGUUGCAUGAAUCUCGCAUUACAUCAUGCAAACACAAAAAAGGGUUUCUGUAAGAACAGAUCCAUUCUCGUUUCGUUCAAUUUUACUAUCUUAUCAUCUAUAUGAAGAACAUUACCUCUGGAGCAAUUGGUUACACGUUUUGAACGAGAGUUCUGUCUCACCAGUAAAGUAAAAAAUGGGUUACAACAACAAUCUGCGGAUGUUAGGGUUCAAUCCCCCCCUAAUGAAAUCAUCAAGUGUAAAGUCAAUGAUUGAGUUACAAGAUGAUAGUCGAGCUAUACCCGUCGCAACCACCAGAAACUUGCCUUCCCUAAAAGGCGGACCGGAACUUUUUGGCACCAACUCUGCAUGGAGCAUAAUGAAAGCCAGUAUAAAGACCGCUUUCUUUUCUGAUAAAAUAAAUUUACUCUUACCUUGUGGCCCAUUAGCAAUGCUGGUUGAUCAAUUGACCCAUCGUCAAGGUUGGGUCUUCAUGUUGAGCUUAUUGGGCAUCAUACCUUUGGCAGAGCGUUUGGGUUGGGCCACAGAGCAACUAGUUUACUACACCGUACCUACAGUGGGAGGUCUUCUCAACGCCACUUUUGGCAACGCAACAGAGUUGAUAAUCUCACUGUUUGCGAUGAAGCAAGGCAUGUUACGCCUUGUGCAGCAGUCAUUGCUAGGCUCGAUUUUGUCCAACAUGCUGCUCGUUCUCGGAUGCGCACUUUUUGGUGGAGGCAUCACUCAUCUUAACAAGGAACAAAUGUUUAACAAGUCAAAUGUGGGGAUGAGUGUAGGAUUGCUCUUGAUGGCGGUCAUGGCGCUGAUUUUCCCAACUGUUCUUCGUGUCACAAACACCGAGUUGCAAAUUGGGACGUCAGUAUUAGCCCUUUCAAGAUUUUGUAGCUGUAUAAUGCUUGUAGCAUAUGUCGUCUAUAUUUUUUUUCUGCUGACAAACCAGAAGCAAGACUAUGCAUCGCUUAAAGAGGUUUAUAAUCACCUUGAUAAAGAUAGGAUUGUGCAAUAUGUUUAUAUUUUUCUGUUAAUUGUUCAAAAACAUCAGGAUUCUCCAACUGCAAGUUCGGAUAACGAAGAAUCUGCUGAUAUUACAAAGUGGGAAUCGAUUAUAUGGCUUGGCGUUUUGACUCUAUUCAUUUCAAUUCUCUCGGAUUAUUUGGUCAAUGCAAUAGAGGGUGCAUCUGUUGCAAUGGAUGUCCCGGUAGCAUUCAUUAGUGUUAUUCUGCUUCCCAUUGUCGGAAAUGCAGCAGAACACGCAAGUGCUAUCAUGUUUGCAGUGAAAGACAAACUUGACAUUUCUUUAGGAGUGGCGAUUGGAUCUUCAACACAAAUAUCCAUGUUUGUGAUGCCGAUUUGUGUGGUUGUUGGGUGGAUGAUUGAACGCCCAUUGGACCUCGAUUUUGAACCUUUUGAGACGGCCACUCUUUUUAUGACAGUUCUCGUAGUAGCCUUCAUAUUGCAGGAGGGAACAUCAAAUUACUUCAAAGGAUUAAUGCUCUUGUUUUGUUAUAUGAUUGUUGCUGCAAGUUUCUAUGUACAUGUAGAUCCUGCAUCUAUACAAGAUAAUCCUCAAUAAGCACUAUAGUUGAAUUGAGUAGUCACAUUUCAAUCGCGUACACGUUGGAUACACAAUAUCUGAGAAAAAAAAAAUAGUGUUUCACUACUCCAUUGAUCAUCUGUCAGAAUCAUGAAGCAUUUUUCACAAACCUAGGUUUGACUUGAGUCAAUUGUAGAGUUUUGAAUUUUCAGUUUGACCUCCAUGAAUCAUGACGUUAUUGUUAGAUUUUGUCACCUUGAAGCUGGUCGUAGAUCUCGGGUUCCAUAACUUUAGGUGGGGAUCAGGGUAUAUAGCAGAUAUUCAGACUUGAGUAGAGGUGCCAAUUUCAACAUAAUGGGUCAAAUUGGGUUAUGUUUUACCUCUAACAGGUUAAACGGGAUAUUGGUCAAACGGGUCACGAGUCAUCCAAAUUUUAUUUUUAUCGCAAACGACUAUCCUAAAUCACUUUGUUGAAGAAGACGACAUGGAAGGUACUCCUGCCUCAGGCAACUGGUUUUCAAAUGACAAAUAUUACAAGUUUCGUUUCUAGCGAAACUGAAUGGAGAACUCUAUCUACGUCUUCGAAAAAAGCCAAAAAUCACAUGGUUAUGUGUCAACUUGUAUGAAUGCCAAUACGCCAUAUUGGACUCGUUUAGCGCCCAUCUUGCUAGAGCUAGCUACGAACCGAAAUUCAAUUACUAAGACGAAGAAACUUGUGAGUUGUU